UAUUUCGGUAACGUUACCAGAACGUGGAGUAUGGGUUUUUUAAACGGUCUUUAAGUUCAGUUAAUAUCUGGGCACGCUUUCACGCCCCCAUCUGCCCCCGGAUAAGCCUUGGAUGCGAAAAGUAUAUUUUUUGCUUUUGCGCUUAGUUUUGUCGUCGGUUAGCCCACAUAGCCUCCAAAGCUAACGUGAGCUAGCUAAUUAGCGACGGGAAGCUAACAACCUCUUCCAGGUUUAUUCAAUCCAAGCGAAGGUGGAUUUGGGGUUUUAUAUUCUCGCCUCGGAGUUAUUUCUGCAGUUCGCACCGCAGAGGAAAUAAUGGGGUCGUCAAAGAAGCACAAGGAAAGGAGCCGCGAUAAGGACACAGAGGACCGUCGUCGCGAACACAAGAAACAUCGCCAUAAGGAACGAGAGAGAGACCGAGAGGUUUCAGACCGCGACAAAGACAAACGAAAGCGCUCCAGGUCCAGGGAAAGGAGUGGACGCGAGAGCCGCAGCAGAGGCGAAAGGAGCACCGGGGAGCCACGGGUGAAAAAGGAGAAAGCUGAUGUCGGAUAUGACGAGAGCAAUACAGAAGUGCAACCACAGUCAGCAAGCGGAGAUGCGUCUCUCAGCAUCGAAGAGACAAACAAACUCAGAGCAAAGCUGGGUCUCAAGCCGUUGGAGUUAAACGAGAACAAGAAGGAGCUCGGGACCAAAGAGGAACCAAUGGUGGCUGAGACUAUCAAUCCAAUUCUCAUCAAUCAGCAGAAAGAGAUGAGAGAGAAACUUGCAGCUAUGAAAGAGAAGCGCAUUCUCAACCAAAAACUGGGAAAAGUUAAAUCUUUAGCGGGUGAUGACUGGCUUGAUGACACCGCUGCUUGGGUGGAGAGAAGCAGGAAGAUGGCCCAGGAAAAAGAAAUGGCAGAGAAAAGGGCUAAGCUUCUGGAGGAGAUGGAUGAGGAGUUUGGUGUGAGCAGUCUUGUGGAGGAGGAGUUUGCACAAAGCAGACAGGAGGCCUACACAUCCCGUGAUCUGAAGGGACUCAAGGUGCAACACAAAGUGGAGUCGUUCACUGAGGGAAAGAGUGUCGUCCUGACUCUACAAGACAAAGGUGUACUCGACGAGGAAGAGGAUGAGCUCGUAAAUGUGGAGAUUGUGGACAAAGAAAAAGCAGAAAAGAAUGUGGAGUUGAAAAAGAAAAAGCCAGAUUACAAGCCGUAUGAAGAAGAGGAGAGUGUGGAUGACAUGGUUAUGUUUAAGCCGCGCUCUAUACUGUCAAAGUACGAUGAAGAAAUUGAAGGUGAGAAGAAAAAGAGCUUCCGUCUGAAAACUGGGGGAUUUGCUGACGGAGAGAGAGAGCGGGAGCUCCAGGCCAUGAAAGAGGCCCUACGAAAUCAAGCCCAGUCCUUAGAAAUGCCUGCUCUGAGCAUUGCCUCAGAGUAUUACACGCCGCAGGAAAUGGUGGGCUUUAAAAAGACAAAAUGCCGUGUGAAAAAAAUAAGGAAGAAGGAGAAGCAGAUACCUGUAGAUAAACUUCUUGAUGACACUCGCAGCUCUGAUUUUGGCUCCAGGACGCGGGGACGAGGUCGCAAGCAGUUAGAUGAGGAAGGGGAGGAAGUUAAGGAGAAGCAGGUGGUUACAUUGCCACCGGAGAUUCCCCAGAUGUCUGAUGACAUCAGGAUGGCAGAAAUGGACAUUAGCGAUGAUGAAGACUUCACACCCCCUGAACCUGCUUUGAUUGAGGAGGAUGAAGCAGAACAAGAGCUGCAAAAACAGCUCGAGAAGCAGAGGAAGUUGAAACAAAAGCAGCUUCUGAAAGACUCUGCGGAGAAGGUGGCGGCUCAGAUUAAAGUCACUGCCAAAGGCAACAAUGAAGGUGAUUCAGAGAAGAAGAACAACAUUGUUUUCAAUGCCACCUCAGAGUUUUGCAGAACUCUGGGCGAUAUUCCUACUUAUGGACUGUCUGGCAACCGAGAGGAUCAAGAAGACAUUAUGGACUUUGAACAAGAUGAUGAUAAAGAUGAUGCAAGAAAUUCAGACUCCGAAGCAGAUGAUAAUGUUGGAUGGAGCACUGUUAACUUGGAUGAAGAGCAGAAACCGCCUGAUUUCUCCACAGCCUCCGCCACCAUUUUGGAUGAAGAGCCCAUUGUCAACUCCGGCCUUGCCGCUGCUUUACUGUUGUGCAAAAACAAAGGUCUACUGGACACUCAAAUGCAAAAGGUAGCCCGCGUCAAAGCCACAAAGGGCGCCCUGCCCAAUGACAACUACUGCAUUGAGGACAAGAUGGGCUUUGAUGAUAAGUACAGUCGCAGAGAAGAAUACAGAGGCUUCACUCAAGAAUUCAAAGAGAAAGACAGCUACAAGCCUGAUGUCAACAUUGAGUAUGUGGAUGAGUCUGGAAGGAAACUCACUCCAAAAGAAGCUUUCAGACAGCUUUCACAUCGAUUCCAUGGAAAAGGGUCUGGAAAGAUGAAAACAGAGAGGAGGAUGAAAAAGCUGGAGGAUGAGGCACUGCUGAAGAAGAUGAGCAGCAGUGAUACUCCUCUAGGGACGGUGGCUUUGCUUCAAGAGAAACAGAAAUCUCAGAAAACACCAUAUAUUGUGCUUAGUGGGAGUGGGAAAAGUAUGAACGCAAACACCAUAACUAAGUGAGGGAAAGAGUGAAUUAUCUUCCAUACAAACGAAUACACAUUUAAAUAGAUCUAUACACACUUACAGGAUGUUUAAAUAAACACUGCUAUGAUUUCAUGUCCUAGUGUAAUUGCUGUAGUAAAGAAUUGUUCAAUAAAAUUAAUACAACAAAGA